AUGCUUUAUGCUAAACCCCGUUUUUUUUUUACACACAUACGCACAAAAGAGCCGGAAGAUCCAACGUUAGAGCAUACAGCGUUAAGAGAGACGCAUGAAGAAAUCGGGUUGGAACCUUCUGCUGUGGAUAUAUUAGGAUGUUACUCAGCUUUACCCAACAAGACAGGAUCGCUGCGUGUGCACCCUUAUGUGGGAUAUGUAAAGACAGAAUCAGAUGAUUUAUUUACGAGAUUUAAUCCCGAUGAGGUAUCUAGUGUAUUCACGUUGCCUAUCGAAUACCUGAUUGAUCCCAAAGUGAGAAUUACCAAACAAUUUCGCGAGAGCAAACGCGAGUACACUGUAUUUAAACUACCUGAUCAUGUGCAUGGAGAGAAGGAGCUGUGGGGAUUAACGAGUUUUAUUCUGGAUGGCGUGCUUCGUAAGAUCCUUCCUGAACAUUAUCAUUAA